AUGUUAAACUCAACAACAAACAACUCUAGUACUGAUAAAAAAGACUUUGAAUUCUAUGGUUAUACUUCGACAAAUGCAUGGAAAAUUCUUAUUAUCCUUGAUGAAUUAGGACUCAGCUUCAACUAUCAUCAUGUUGAUAUCAUCAAUGAUGAACAAUUUACUGAAGAGUUUUUAAAAAUUAAUCCAAAUAAUAAAAUUCCUGUAAUUAUUGAUAAUACUGUCGAACCACCAAUUACCGUUAUUGAAUCUGGUGCAAUUUUAAUUUAUUUAGCUGAAAAGUAUGGGAAACUAUUACCUGAUAAUAAAACCCAUCCAAGAGAACGUACUGAAGUUUUACAAUGGCUAGCAUGGCAAAUUAGCACAUUAGGCCCAUAUCUUGGUCAGCUAUCAUACUUUGGUUACUAUUGUGAAACUAAAAUACCAAUUGCUAUUGAACGUUAUUCAAAAGAGGCACGUAGAAUGUUUAAAGUUCUAGAUGGACGUUUAUCAACCAGACCAUAUGUUGGGUGGUAA